AAAACUGGUUAUCGUCGCCCGAGAGUGAGAACGAGUUAGGAUGUAAACAUGGUGUGAAAUUUGAAGGGAAAAUGGGCUUUGUCCGUCUAAUGUACAGAAGGAAACACAUCUUGUUCUUGCUGUUGUGUGCAACAACAAUCUGGCUGUUUUAUCAUUUACUGUCAUUUACAUCAGACCAUCAAGUUGUUCAUUCUACAGAUCAAAUCAGUAAAGUAUCAACAGAAAAAGAUCAGAAAAAUGUACAAGACACUGUGAGGAAGGCCACAGACGUUCACAAUGAAAAAGAUCGUGGUGUGCUACAACCCCCUCCCAGAAAGGAGGAAAUUCAACCCCCACCCCAGGGGAAAGUCACAGCAAAGAAGCCCAGUACUUCUCCAGUAAAACAUGAAGAUAAAGCGAGUCAUGAAAAUAGUAAAAGUCAUCGAAAUGGAAAGAAAGCAAGUCCUGAUCAGUCAAAGGAAAGAAGGAAAGAUAAUUCUACACUGAAUCAGGAAAAGAUUAAUAUUAGUCAAAAGGUUAAUUCGAAAAAGGAAGGGAAUUUAGAUAAAGUGUUAAAAAUUGGAGAGAAACUAAAAAACAAAACGCUGGACCUGGGCGAAAAAGUGAAAAAUAAAACUAUUGAAAAACUGUCUCAGCUGGGGGUGUUAAAGACCUCAAAUCUUUUCCAAUUUAUAUUUGUUCCCGAUGUAUGGAAAAUCCAGUUAACAUUAGACGAUUUAAGUCAAGUGAUGAAAGACACUGAUCAUUUAAGUAAACAGGAAAAAAUUGACGUUAAUUACCCCAAACUGCUUCCUGUGAAGAGUAAUGUCACGGAGGGUAACCUGACUGUCGCCUUACGAAAGGUAGUGAUGAAAAACCGUGUGGGCUUUUGUGAUUGUCGAGACUACGAGUGCAUGUGCUGCUCAAGAGUCACGCACAAACGAAUUCAAGUGAAUACGACAGCAUGUGCCAAUAUUACGUUCAUGUCCAAAUCUCAGGAGCUAGAUUUCAAAUUUUCUAUGGACAAGAAACUCGUUUAUCAAAAGCUGAUACCUGUUGAACCAGCUCCAAAAAUUUGCCUAGGAUCCCAUUCCAAAGUAGCAGACAUAUGUGUGAGAUUUCUGAACACGACCUCCAAGGUAACGAUUCUGGAAGACCACAAGUUUUUGGUGGUGGGGUGUCUCGAGUUCAGCAUAAGCCUUUUCAACAAGACCGUCAGUGCAUUUCCUGUAGACUGCUUCCAAAUGCCUAGUCACCAGCACCACAAGAAAGAAGAGGACGGGAAAAAGAUAGCUCAGGAUUUUGGAAAUUGGGUGCCAUAGUUGUGUUGUUUUUAGGGACCUGUGGACAUUGAGAAUGUUGACUCAGUAGUAUGACGAAUGAAGAUCAGCACCUUCCUUAACACUUCGCACGCAGUGUUACAAUGUAUAACACCGUAUAAUGUACUCGUCUAGUGAAGAUCUCAUUGUAUUCGCAUUCUGUUUUUGUUCAUCAUAUUUAAGAGACUUUUUUUGUUUCAUUCUUCCAUAGAGAUAAUAAUUGUGAAAGAUGCAUACAAGUUGCCUUCUUAGAAAUGCAAUAAUUUUAAGCAACACUUUUUCAAGUGAUGUGAUUUCCAUGUAAUAAUUUAUUACACAAUACAUAGAAGCAUUACUGAAGAAUACAAAUAUAAUACAGGGGUAUUUACAUACACCAAAACAACAAGGAGCUCUUGUCAUUCAAGGUGCACUUGUUCUUUGCUAUUUUGUAUAACACAACUUUUUGAUUUAUUUAUUAUACUGAGUAUGAUUUCGUAGAAUGACGCAUAUCUAUGAUUAGAUUUUAAUCAUUUUCAGAUAGAUCUAAUUGAUUUAAAAGUCAGCUUCUUCUGGAUAUUCAUUUUAUAAUAGUACUGACUACAUUAAUAUUUUGAUUACUGAAGCUUUGUGAUUCUGUUGACUCCACACUGUCUAGCCAACAAUUCUUUCAUGUUUUUCCAUUUGUAACUUUGAACACUUUUCAUAUCUAUGUAUACAUGUGGUGAAGGGGAUUCAAUAUUGCUCUGCAGAAAAGAGUGUAGUGUUGAAUUAAUACAUGCUGACGUAUAAUGUAAUUAGAGAUAUAAACGAAGACAGGACAAUAAGCGAGGUUGUUUUGUUGGUGUCCCCCCAAAAGACUUGUAGCUUUAACAUAUGAUUUCAAUCAAUUGGCAAGGGGACUGGGGGUAUCUUUCUUUUAUGACCGUGGUUCCUGUUUUAAAUAGGGCUUGAACCGGUUACCUACCAAAUAACAAAGCGAGUAUUAUAACACCAAGCAAUCAUUAUACUUUUAAGUCAGUAAUGGUGUUUUGCCUGUUGGAACCAUAUAUAUUUGAUUAUUUAUGAAACCCAUUCUACUUUCAUUUUGGAUAUUUUCACUUAGCUUUCAUUCAUGGUGGCUGUGUGAUAGCUUAAUGUUCUGUAUUAUUGUGACUGUAGGGGUUUGAAUUAUUACGUCUUUCAUAUUUUUCUCGCUAUUAGAUUUUUUUGAUUUUUUUUUUAACUUAGUCUUACUUGUGAAUAUGUACUAAUUGAUCAUACGAUUACGUGAACAGGGACUAAAUCUUUUCAUACUGUAGAAGCACUGAGUUUUGUAUGGUCGAAUUUGCAUUCAUGUGGUUUUGAUUUAAUGGGAGAUUUUCAAUAAAUUGGUGUGCUUGCCAUUAUUCCAUAAAAUAUAAUUCCCAUAAAAAUUAAUGAAGAUGUAUGCAUUGUAAAUGUAUAUACAUGUAUAUCCAUAAUAUGCCUGUACUAUGUUUGAUUUCUGUACACAAUUUGAAAGUGAGUUUAGGCACUGUGUAUAAAGGAUUAAUAUAUUUGAUGUUUAGUAUGCAAAUGAAAUAUUCUAUACAUGUAUGUAUAUCUACCUAAAUCCAAAUUUCUAGUUAUAAGAAGAAAAAAAGGGCUGUACCCGAAUAUGCAGUGAAGGCUGAUAGUGUGGAUAAUGUUAAAAUUUAAUUAUUGAUUAUAAUCAUGAUGGAAAUAAUUGACAUAAAACAUGAAUAUUGUAAUAUGAAAUUCUGUAGAUGUUUUUAAUUUGUAUACUUAUACAGUGGAACCCCGUUAUUACGUUCCCCCUUUAAUACGUUAGUCCGCAUAUUACGUUGGAAUUUCAAAGCACAAAACCAUUUCUUAUCAAAUCUAUAUAAAAUAGACCUCGUUAUUACGUUGUCCUAAGAUGCCGGGACUCUGUAUUACGUUGUAAAAAGUCCGACAAAAACGUAAUAAACCCCUAAUUAUUCAAUAAUGAUUCUCAAAAUAAUAAGCCAUUCACACCUUGACUGCCUGAGGCAGUCACCACGUAAAUGUCCUGGUCUGUUUGGGGAUUAGAGACGCUUGACUGAUCACGCUUCGAUAGAUCUAGCGACAUCAAUACAGGUGAAUACCCCGUAUCGAAGCCAGUGAUAAACAAUUAAAUAAUGUUUAUUUAGACAUUGUACUCUAUGAAAUUUACUUCAUUUUUCAUAUUUUGAUAAUCGAAGAAAUAAUUUCUCAACCACCUGAGUGUUCAGCAUAGUGUGAUUACCUUCGCUAUUAAAACUCUAUUUACGGACAGCUUUGGUACCAAACAUGAAAGACAAGAUUUAUCGUAGCAAUGUUAAAACCGCUUGGGUAACUGCUUGGACAUAGGUGACUAAAGGUGUUCAAUUAAAAAAUUGUCCGUUGUUUGGACAUGCAGCUUGGGUGUUCGUAAAUCUCGUCCAUACAUACACCAAUCAAACUGUCCUGUGUUAUCGACCGAUUCAUGCACGGCAUUUACCUCAGUGAAUAUUCUAAAAUCCCUUGAUGCGCACGUGAUUUUAGUGCCAUCAUUUAGCGUUAUAAAUUAUUAUAUAUAUAUUUUUUUUAAUGUGGAUUGCGCUUAAAUUGUUCUCCGCGUUUAUCGUUGGUGAGAAAAGUGUGCAAGUGUUGGGUAUCGUGUGCGUUUUGUGUCUAUAGUUUUGUUGUUUUUGGGUGGGAUUUUUUUUAUUGUGUUGUGUAUUGUGUAAUUAGAGAACUUAAUAAAACGAUGUUUUGUUAUUUUUUUAAUACAAAUGUUGAAUACGAAUCGGAACGAGUUAUUGAUAGAAAUUUACAUGAACGCAUUGUUUUAAAGUUGAACAAAAUGGCGGUCCAUACGAAUGCAGAAAAAGCAACGUUUAUCAAAACAUCCUUAUGUAUCCUACACCAGAAAUAAAGAAAAGGGAUAAGAACAUGAAGAAUUACGGACAUUAAAGAUAAGAUGUAAAUAAAACAAAGUAUCAUAGUCUUUUAAACAAAGAAACAGUAAAGGUAUAUUCACACACCCCUUCACGGAGUACCAACGGACGAUAUACAAUUUCCAAAUGAUAUUUUUAACGGAUUUCACUGGGAACGUUUAUUACGUUGCCCCCGGUAUUACGUUAUUUUAUCGUGACAAAAUGGAAAACGUAAUAACGGGGUUCCACUGUACAUGUACAUGUAUAUGCAGUCACAUAUUUUGUUACAUGUAAUAAAAAUGAAGAAAA